AUGGACCCUUUUUCCCUUAACUCUACCGGGUUUGUUAACCUGUUAGCUUCGCAGAGCAGUCCACCAAUAGAUAUAGACUCUGCUGAGCCAGGUGUUAACUCUCCCAGAUUAGUUAAGCCUGCGGAAAGGAGAAAGUGGUCAACCAAAGAAGACCUUGUGUUGAUCAGUGCUUGGUUGAACACCAGCAAGGAUCCCAUAGUCAGUAAUGAACAGAAGUUGGGCUCGUUUUGGAAGCGAAUAGAGGGGUAUUUCAAUUCGAGUCCUCAGCUCAUUGGCUCUGCUCCUAGGGAGUGGGGUCAAUGUAUGCAGAGGUGGGGAAGAGUAAAUGAGCAGGUUUGUAAAUUUGUGGGAUGCCAUAAAGCGGCGUUGAAGGAGCAGGCGAGUGGCCACAGUGAGAAUGAUGUCAUGAAGGCGGCGCAUGACAUCUUCUUCAAUGACUACAAAGUCAAGUUCACACUUGAACACUGCUGGAGGGAACUGAGGUUCGAUCAGAAAUGGAGAUCACACGCUAUCUCGAAGGAGAAAAGGAAGGAAGCUAAUGCGGAGGUGGUGCCUUAG